AGACCUUUCAGUUUCUUUUAUCUGAUGUGGUUAGCUUCUUUCUAGCAUAUAGGCGAAGAAUUGGGACAUGCUGACCAACAGUUCUACCAAGAUUUCAUCAUCCUCAUCUGUGAUUCAAACAUUUUUUUACUGACAUAGAUUAGUUAUAGAGCAGAAUUCAAAUCUUGCAACCAGCCCGACAUUCAUCAACUGGUUAAUUCCUUUUUCAUUUUGAAGAGGUCUCUGGUUUGAAUCCUUGUGUUGGUGGUGCCAAGUCUUUUACCAAAUGUUAUUCUCUAAGAGGGGGAUGGCUCUUUAUGUUAUCCUGAAGUUAGAAAACCAAAGAAAGCCUAGAAGGCUCCUAUGUCAAGCCAAUCCUGCAAUAUCAUAUCUCAAAAACUGGUGACAAGUGCUUAGUAAAUGACAAAUUACUGAACAGAGGAUUGCUAGAAGAUUAAAUGAUGGGGCGGGGUAAUUCUUAAAUCCUAUUUAGAUGAAAGGUUUAUUCAGAGGCUCUUCCACAUUUCAAGUUUAUAAUGUUGGUUUCAAGAACAUUUGUUGGACAUCAGCUCAGCUAUUGUCUUCAAUCUAAUGAUGCUUUCUUUAUUUUUCUUGGUGCUGCUAUAGUCUCCUUUAUUGCAUUAUUAUUUUCCAGCCAACUUUGUGCAACCAUUUGGAAGUUGUAGUGUGCAUGGUACUCAUGUUAGUCCUACAAAACAAGGGAGAAUUGGCAAUUUCUUUUCCUCUGGUGCAUGAGGUUGUGCUCUUUUACAGUCAUUCCAUAACAUAUGGAUCCACAAGGUUGUAGUGUAGUCCUAAGCUUUGUGUUGAAUUCAGCAUUGGUACCAUUUUUACUGGUUUUGCUGAUGAGUUGACUGUCUCUAAUGCUUCUGCCAGAGUAUUUAUUAUACAUGCUAAAGAUCUGACAACUAGCAAUAUUGCCUUCCUGUCUCACAGGGACCAAAUCCACUUUAUUUAGUGACUCUUAAAAUUGCAUUUAUCAAAUAGGUGGGUCUUCAAGGCAACUGGUCUGGACCAGCACAUACAACACUCAGGACAAGUGUUUGAAUCAUGAAAUUAGCAUUCAUUCUUUGAAAAAAAAUGAAAACCAUCAUCAAAAUCAUUAGAAGUUAUUAUUGUCAUCUGUAUCAUCAUUUGAAAAGAAUGUGAAUGAAAUAAGCUCUCAUUCUGCUUCUAUUUUGGAUGUGUAAUUAGACACAGCAAAAGUUCAAUCCUGUGCAAACAGAUAAUUAGUCACACUUGAGAAGAUAAAUAGUGUGCAAAUAUAAACAUAAAAAUCCCCAAAAGAAACUAUAUAACUUAUUGUUGUCUUUUCACAGUGAGUUCAUGAACAUCACAUGCUUUACAUGGCUAAAUAAGUCUAUUGUCAUUUCAUCAUUAACAGCUUAAAAAUGUCUUGGUGAUUGUAAAGAGUAUAAAGAAUUAAGUACUCUUCUUGGUUCUUUAUCAAAAUUAAAAUUAUCUGUUGAAGAACCCAAGCUUUGUGCUUUAAAUAAUAUUGCUAUCACUACAAUUUCUAGAGAUUAUUUUUUUAGUAUCUUUAAUCAGCUUUUGUAUUUUAUAUGCCUUCUCCAUUAAUUUCUUUUCUUGCUUGCAGAAGUUGUUUGAUGCAGAUAUUAAUUAAACUCUGCUCACUGGAAAUUGUUUGAAAGGGUAUUUUCACUGCUUUCUUUAAUCUCAUAUGGCAAAUCUACACAUUCCUUCACAAAUGGUGAACAUAUGCUAACAUUUGUGCUUGCGCUUUCUACUGCAUUUGAGUCUGUUCAGAUCUGAUUAAUAGUUUUUUUUAAUUACUGAUUGAUCAUUCAAUUUCAUCCCACAAAUAAUAAUAAUAAUAAUAAUUGUUUUGAAUAAUUUUAGAAUCUUCCUUGAUUAUACUUUACUUUCAACUUUUUCUUUGCUGCUGAUUCAUGCAAAACAUUUGUGUAUUUUUGGACUCCUAAAUUUUUGCAUGUGUUCAACUAAGUUACUCUUAUGUGUAAUCCCGACGGCAGGCAUUUUUGUUCACCUGAAGACCUAGGAAGAUAGAUCGUCAUGCAUGCGUGCAUGAGAAUUGCAUGUCAAGUAAUGAAGAAAACCUAGCUAUUCUUCUCUGUUGACCAUGGAAUGCUUGACUUUCCCAAACUAUAUAAUUCUUUCACUUCAAACGAAAGGCAAAUUACUAGGAGACUUGCAGAGCAAGUGAUGGCAAUGCAUCAUGACUUCCUGCCCAUUUCUAAUGCUAGUUCAUGUUAUUCUUUAUGUGAUUGGGUGAUAGCCAUAUUGCACCAAAACACUUGCAGAGCUCACCACUGAUUGACACCUUGUUUCACAUAGUUGAGGCUUGUGCUCUUUUAUAACACCAGUAAGUAGUAUCAUGAUCAAGGACAGAGCUGUUUGGUUUUUGACCCCCCUCCCCCCCCCCAAAAAAAAGUUCUUUUAUUAUCUUGCUCUAAUUUUUAAGCAGCUUCUCCUGUAACAACAUUUCAUUUCUUUAUGUGAAGCUGCAGAUUUGUAGAUCAAAAUCUAGUGAAUUGUCAUGUUUAGCUACAUGGAAUGACUUGCCAAGUGGGAAAUGAGAGAGACCGGACUCUGGUAUGGCUUAAAACAGUGGUGUGAAAGAUGCAUGAGAAGUUCCUGCUGUUUAGUAUAACAUUAUGCACAAAUCUAUUGGCCCAAACAAGCUUACUGAACUGCUGAGGAACUCAAUUAAAUUGCUUGGCAGGUAAGUUUCUAGUGCUCUAUUUGAUCUCAGAUUCAUCCCUGGAGGUCUACUUGGUCUUAGGAUCACCAGACUAGAAGAAGCGAGUGCUAGAACAACUGACAUGUUUGCUGUAAACCUAAAUCUCCUAGUGCAGAUUUACUCAAGACACUAAACAUCUUGUGAUGAGAUAUGCAGGGAUCAGCAGCUGCAGCAUAUCCAAGCUUGGACGUCACAGAAACGUUGGAAGAGUGCAGCUCAAUCAAACAUGCUGUGCACCAUCAAUUUCCAGGAAGUCUAUCUCACAUGCUCUGCCCUAAUCCAUGGAGGUUCCUUCUCAAACCAUGCAAUCACAAGUCUAGUUUAUUUCCUCAUAAUUCUAUGAUGCAGAGGCACAAUUCUGUGGUCACCACGACUUCAGAAACUAAUAACCCAGCUCCUCGAACCAUCCAUCAUCCUUGAGCACCACCGUCGAGCAGCAAACCCUAAUAAAUACACCAUCUUGAUUUGAUCACUCCACUUGCCACUUGAGUUCCUAAGGUGGGAGGAAGAGUAAAUGCCUUGUUCGACUCCCAAGCCAAUCACAUGCACGUACGCAGCUAAAGCUCUUCCAGUGGGAUCUGAUGAGGAAGAUGGCACCUCUUAAUCAACCUUGCUUCGGGAUCAAUGAAGAGAGCUCAAAACUAGCUUUAUCCAAGUCCACCGGCGUAGCUGCCGGCGUCAACCUUUUCUUUUGGCAGCCACGAGGUAUUUAAGCCCACCUGCACCCCCCCUACGUCGAAACCUUUGUCCAAGUGCUUCUUCCUAAGCCAAGGUGAUGGCAUCGGCUGCGUCGUCGUCGUCCAGCACCGGAGUCCCGCCGGGGUUCCGGUUCCACCCCACGGACGAGGAGCUCCUGCUCUACUACCUGAAGAAGAAAGUCUCCUUCGAGAAGUUUGAGCUGGAGGUGAUCAGAGAGGUUGACUUGAACAACGUUGAGCCAUGGGACUUGCAAGAGCGCUGCAGGAUCGGGUCUGCGCCUCAAGAUGAGUGGUACUUCUUCAGCCACAAGGAUCGCAAGUACCCCACCGGGUCGCGGACCAACCGCGCCACCGGCGCCGGAUUCUGGAAGGCUACCGGGCGCGACAAGUGCAUCCGGAACAGCUACGAGAGGAUCGGCAUGAGGAAGACGCUGGUGUUCUACCGCGGCCGCGCGCCCCACGGCCAGAAGACCGACUGGAUCAUGCACGAGUACCGGCUCGACGACUCCGACGACGCCCGGGGCGAAGCCGGCGGUGGCAGUGAUGAUGGAUGGGUGGUGUGCAGGGUCUUCAAGAAGAAGUGCUUCUUCAAGGGCAGCGGCGAAGGGAGCACGAGCCAAGCCAUGGAGAACCACAUGAGCGUCGCCGCCAGCCACGACCAGUCCCCGUCGCUGAGCUCUAACUACAUCCACCCAAAUCUCGGCCACCACCACCGCCACCUCCACCACCACAACGGCCUGUACUACUCCCAGAUGCCCACCGGCCCCUACUCCCAUGGCCAAGUGCAGGACCUGAUGACCAACCACAGGCCGUCGGGAUACGACUUCGGGGUGCUCCCCGGAGACUCGGCCCCCGUCGUCAAGCCCUACGACGGAGCAUUAGCAGCUGCAGCCGCCUGCGUAGGGAUGCAAAGCGAGAGGGAUCCGGGCCCGAACGAGUGGGCGGUGCUUGACGGCAUAACGGCGCAGCAGCAGCAGAUGAAUCAGAUGGCGAGCCAACGCGGGGGAGAGAUGGAUUUGUGGGGAUAUGGGAAGUAAAGGUCACAUUGGGCUGGCCAUGUGCAUGGAAUUGUUGUGGCUCAAACUCCAUCGUUCAUUGCAAUAAGGACCAAAUUGGUGGUAUGCAUGAGCGAACUCAGAAGAGUCUCAGCUCAUCUGCCCACAGAA